GCUCCGCCGGGACUCGAGACGCGCGCUCCCCGCCCCGGCCGCGCGAAAUCUCCGGCCCAGCCCGCUCCCGCCUCGCUCCCGCCUCGCGCCCGCUCGCGCGCUCACACCCACACGCGCGCGCUGACACUCACACACUCGCGGACUCGCACCCCCACGCGCUCUCGCUCGGCCUCACACUCCCACGCGCUCACACUCCCACUCCUGCCCGCUUCCCUGCUGCCGCGCAGGCACCUCGGGCGAGAGCGCCGAGGGGACCCACGGCCUUUCCCAUGGCUGACCUGAGCUUCAUCGAAGAUUCCGUCGCCUUCCCGGAGAAGGAAGAGGAUGAAGAGGAAGAGGAGGAGGGGGUGGAGUGGGGAUACGAAGAAGGUGUUGAGUGGGGCUUGGUGUUUCCUGAUGCUAAUGGGGAAUACCAGUCUCCCAUUAACUUAAACUCAAGAGAAGCUAGAUAUGACCCCUCACUGCUGGAUGUCCGCCUCUCCCCAAAUUAUGUGGUCUGCCGAGACUGCGAAGUCACCAAUGAUGGACAUACCAUUCAGGUUAUCCUGAAGUCAAAAUCAGUUCUGUCAGGAGGUCCAUUGCCUCAAGGGCAUGAAUUUGAACUGUAUGAAGUUAGAUUUCAUUGGGGGAGAGAAAACCAGCGUGGUUCUGAGCACACAGUUAAUUUCAAAGCUUUUCCCAUGGAGCUCCAUCUGAUCCACUGGAACUCCACCCUGUUUGGCAGUAUUGAUGAGGCCGUGGGGAAGCCACAUGGCAUUGCCAUCAUUGCUUUGUUUGUUCAGAUAGGAAAAGAGCACGUAGGCUUGAAGGCUGUGACUGAAAUACUCCAGGAUAUCCAGUACAAGGGGAAGUCCAAAACAAUACCCUGCUUCAAUCCUAAUACUUUAUUACCAGAUCCUUUGCUGCGGGAUUAUUGGGUGUAUGAAGGCUCUCUUACCAUUCCACCUUGCAGCGAAGGUGUUACCUGGAUAUUAUUCCGAUACCCUUUAACUAUAUCCCAGCUGCAGAUCGAAGAAUUUCGCAGGCUGAGGACACAUGUGAAGGGGGCAGAGCUCGUGGAAGGCUGUGAUGGGGUUUUGGGAGACAAUUUUAGACCCACUCAGCCACUUAGUGACAGAGUCAUUAGAGCCGCAUUUCAGUAGCCAGAGAGAAUGGGAACAAGACGGCCUUCACCUGGGAGGAAGACAAUGAUCCUAUAGUGCCC